CGCUCUGUGCAGCCUGUCCAGCUCUACAGCUCCAUCCGCUCUUCUCGCACUCUCCUUUAUCCUUCUCUCUCUCUCUCUCUCUCUCACUCUCUCUCUCUGUCCCGGAGUGAGCGAGCUCCUCUAUUCCACAUUCUCCGAGCUCUCUGUCAGCCUGGCUCCGAUGGAGGACUACCAUAAGCCCGACCAGCAGACUCUGCAGGCGCUGCGCAACAUCGCCAACCGGCUGCGCAUCAGCUCCAUCCGGGCCACCAGCGCCGCGGGCAGCGGUCAUCCAACAUCAUGUUGCAGUGCAGCAGAGAUCAUGUCUGUGCUGUUUUUCCACGCCAUGAAGUACAGACCUGACGACCCACGCAAUCCCAACAACGACCGCUUCGUUCUGUCCAAGGGUCACGCUGCUCCCGUGUUGUAUGCAGUCUGGGCAGAAGUAGGUUACCUGAAAGAGAGCGAACUGCUCAACCUCCGGAAGAUCGACUCAAUCCUCGAGGGCCACCCUGUUCCAAAACAGCAGUUUGUGGAUGUGGCCACAGGAUCUCUCGGACAAGGUCUAGGUGCUGCGUGUGGAAUGGCUUAUACCGGAAAAUACUUCGACAAGGCCAGUUACCGUGUCUUCUGUUUGUUGGGCGAUGGUGAGAUGUCUGAGGGCUCAGUGUGGGAGGCCAUGGCCUUUGCUUCAUUUUAUCAGCUAGACAACUUAGUGGCCAUUCUGGACAUCAACCGACUGGGCCAGAGUGACCCUACGCCACUGCAGCACCACGUGGAGAAGUACCAGAAACGCUGUGAGGCCUUCGGAUGGCAAGCCAUCAUAGUAGAUGGUCACAGUGUGGAGGAGCUGUGUAAAGUUCUGGGCCAGCCACGGCACCAGCCCACUGCCAUCAUCGCCCAGACCAUCAAAGGAAAGGGCAUCCCAGCGGCGGAGGAUAAGAUGGGCUGGCAUGGUAAGCCCCUGCCCAAGGACAUGGCUGAGAGCGUGAUAAGGGAUCUACAGAGCCACAUCCUGAGCAGCAGCAAGCGUCUGUACCCAGCCACACCCGCUGAGAACACUCUACCCGUCAGCUUGAAGAACAUCCGCAUGCCCACCCCACCCAGCUACAGACUCGGCGACAAGGUUGCUACGAGGAAGGCGUACGGGAUGGCUCUGGCUAAACUAGGACGUGUCAGUGAGCGUGUUAUCGCUCUGGAUGGAGACACAAAAAACUCCACCUUCUCAGAAAUCUUUAAGAACGAAUACCCGAACCGCUAUGUGGAGUGCUACAUCGCAGAGCAGAAUAUGGUGAGUGUAGCGGUUGGUUGCGCUGCUCGGGAUCGCAAUGUCGUCUUUGCCUCCACGUUCGCCACAUUUUUCACCCGCGCCUACGACCAACUGCGCAUGGCUGCUAUCUCAGAGAGCAACAUCAACCUCUGCGGUUCACACUGUGGCGUGUCCAUCGGAGAGGAUGGUCCCUCUCAGAUGGGCCUGGAAGACUUGGCUAUGUUCCGAGCUAUUCCCACAGCGACUGUGUUCUAUCCUAGCGAUGGAGUGUCCGCUGAGAAAGCUGUGGAGCUGGCCGCUAACACAAAGGGUCUUUGUUUCAUCAGAACUAGUCGCCCAGAAAACGCCGUCAUCUACAACAACAGCGAAGACUUCCGUGUAGGACAGGCGAAGGUCGUAUACAAGACCAAUGAUGACCACGUCACUGUGAUUGGAGCAGGGGUCACCCUGCAUGAGGCGCUUUCGGCAGCUGAGCAGCUAAAGAAAGAGAGGAUCAACAUCCGUGUGAUUGACCCAUUCACUGUGAAGCCCCUGGACUCCAAGACCAUCAUAGACAAUGCCAAAGUCACUAGGGGUCGCAUCAUCACUGUGGAGGACCACUACUAUGAGGGUGGUCUUGGUGAGGCCGUGUGUUCAGCCGUGGUGAGCGAACCUGGUUUUACGGUGCACCGGCUGGCCGUCGCUCAUGUCCCACGCAGUGGAAAACCCAGCGAGCUGCUCAAACUGUUCAGCAUCGACCGUGACAGCAUCGCCCAGGCAGUCAGGAAGAUGCUCAGCACUGCCACAAAUGCCAAGUAACCCCAAAACAACCUGGCAACCGCAUGUGGUCACCCACAGCAACGGCAUGAGGAAAGCGAUGCCCGUCUUCCCAAUGUCCAGUGAGGACUGAGGGCAACAAAAUAUGAAACAAAGAGAAGAGAUAAAGAAAGACAAGUGUUUUUUAUUUACUGUCACUGAUGUGGUUUUAUUCAUUCUCGUCCCAGGGUUUGUAUUAACUGUGUGAACUAUGAUUUAUCACUCCUAACCCCAGAAAAGUGGUGGUGUUUAUAUUCAAUAUAUUUCAUCAUUUUGGCAUGCUAGCUAGCAUCUAACCCCAGUGUCACUCAAAUGGUAGUUCGUUCAAGCCUGGAAAAGAAUACAUUUAAAGGAUUUGUACACAUUAAAUCAAGAUUGCUCACAUUUGUGGUGAUAGGAACCGGAUUUCCAACGAGUUUAAAAGUAUGCGCCACAGAAUGCUAUUGCAUGAAAUCAAUACAUUGCUUGAUGUUUUCCGAUAGUUGUGAGAAGGUUUUUGCCUAAACCUUCACUCAUGGUGGACCAAGGCAAAAUAGUACCCAACGAAAACUUGUUUUUCAUAGAAAACCUUAUUCUGGAUAGCAGAUAAAAUGGCUAUAUUUGCAUUAGCUGUAUUAGACAUCACAACACCUCUGAUCACCCAUGUAAAGAAAACAGCAAGUUUCUCCAAAAUGCACCAUUUUACAUCAAACCACUCUGAAGUAAUGUUACAUCUCAGUGAUUGUGAACUAUGCAGACAUUAUAAAGAAGCCUUUUAAUUGUUAAAAUGUUUCACGUUUUCUUUUCUCCGAUUUUGAAUGAAGCAAAGACAGGACUCACAUUCACUUUACAGCAGUCUUGCUCCCAAAUCCACAACACACAAGUCCGUCUGAUAAUCACUUUUGAUACUAUUAAGAAUUUUUGCCAAGACUUGGCAGGAACACUGUUUUUCCUAACAUUAGCAAAAGCUCAGUCACAUAGUUUACAUACAUCUCAAGACUGCCCAUGAGCACGGUUCUCUCUCUGCUAUCUCUCUGUGUAUGUGAGCAGCUACUUAUAAUCAGCAAGUGAUGCUUGUCACAGUUAUGCAAGCAAGUAAUGUCCUACUCAGAACUGUACCUCAAAAAAAGCCUCAAUAACAGAAGCUGAAAUAGUGGAAGGUGUGUUUCUCUGCUUGGGAGAGUAAUAAACUAUUUCUAUAUACUUCCAUAGGUAAUGCUCAGCUGCUUCACAAAAACACAGAGAGAGAGAGAGCCAGGGGGCUGAAUAGGCGUGGAUUAAAUGUUGAACUAUCCCUUUAAGGGAAAUAGAUGCUGAGUAAUGUCACCCUCUUAUCACUGUUCUGACUCCAGCCACACCCACUCAGCGAAGGCCUUUUGGACACUUGUCUGGGGUUGGGGUGAGGGUUAGCUGUGUCAGCUGAAUUGGUUUGAUGGAACAAUGUUUUUAAAAACACAUCCCAGAGACGGGCUUCACACAAAAUAAAGCGAUGGUUUCUUCA